CACAGUAUCCAUGGGAUGAACGAGGAAGAGAACGUGGUGAGGCCGCACCAGGAAAUGGCCAGUCUGUCCUGCCAUGAGAAGAAAUAUCUUCUCGCGGUGGAACGCGGUGAUGUGGCCUCUGUGAGAAGGAUGCUCCAGAGUGCCCAGGAAACCGAUAUGAAUAUCAACUGCGUGGAUCCUCUAGGACGAUCGGCCCUUCUGAUGGCGAUCGAUAACGAAAAAUUGGAAAUGCUGGAGCUACUGCUCGAGCACAAGGUCGACACCAAGGACGCUCGUCUCCACGCCAUCUCCGAGCAAUUCGUCGAGGCGGUAGAGGUUCUCCUGGAGCACGAAGAGACACUUCACAGAAACGGGGAGCGUCACGUUAGUCGAAUUCCGGGAAAUUGUUGUUUGCGUUUCCAGAGCUGGGAAGCAGUGCCGCCGGACACAGCUACCUUCACGCCGGACAUUACACCCCUAAUUUUGUCCGCUCAUAGGGACAACUACGAGAUCAUUAAGAUUCUUCUGGAUCGUGGAUCUACGUUGCCUAUGCCUCACGAUGUUCGUUGCGGGUGCGACGAAUGCGUAACGUCCAGAAAGGACGAUUCCCUGAAGCAUUCCAGAAGUCGGAUCAACGCCUACAGAGCGCUGGCUUCGCCGUCCUUGAUAGCUCUAUCCUCAAAGGAUCCUAUUCUGACUGCCUUCGAGCUCUCCUGGGAACUUCGGAGGCUCUCCUUUCUCGAGCACGAAUUUAAGUGCGAAUACCAGGAGCUUAGAAGGCAGUGUCAAGACUUCGCCACCGCGUUGUUGGAUCACACCAGAAGUUCCAAGGAGCUCGAGAUCCUCCUGAAUCACGAUCCCACGGGGCCAGCUUUCGAGCACGGGGAGAGGAUGCACCUGAAUCGCCUGAAGCUGGCCAUCAAGUUCCGACAGAAGAAGUUCGUGGCGCAUCCUAACGUGCAGCAGCUACUGGCGUCGAUUUGGUACGAGGGCCUUCCGGGUUUCCGGCGGAAAAACAUGGUCCUCCAGGCAGUGGAUAUCGUGCGGAUAGGUGUACUUUUCCCGUUCUACAGCGUCGCGUACAUCAUCGCGCCGCACAGCGUGAUCGGGCAGACGAUGAGGAAACCGUUCAUCAAGUUCAUCUGUCACUCGGCCUCCUACUUCACGUUCCUCUUCAUGUUGAUUCUAGCUAGUCAGAGGAUAGAGAGCGUGAUUGGCAACUGGAUGGGCCACGGCGUCGUCGAGCACGACGAGCCAGCGCCAACGAAACGGGGUGCAGCGCCCACGAUCGUCGAAUGGUUCAUCCUGGCGUGGGUGUCCGGUCUGAUUUGGUCCGAGGUGAAGCAGCUGUGGGACGUCGGCCUCGAGGAGUACGUGAACGACAUGUGGAACGUGAUCGACUUCGUCACGAACUCACUUUACGUCGCCACCGUCGCGUUACGUGUAGUUGCUUACUACAGGGUGCAGAAGGAGAUGGAGAGCCAGGAGGCCGGUACCGUGAUCGAACUGCAACGCGAACAAUGGGACACGUGGGACCCGAUGCUUAUAUCGGAGGGCCUGUUCUCCGCCGCCAAUAUAUUCAGCUCUUUGAAACUCGUCUACAUUUUCUCGGUGAACCCUCAUCUCGGACCUCUGCAAGUCUCCCUGUCCAGGAUGGUCAUGGACAUUAUGAAAUUCUUCUUCCUCUACGUGCUGGUGCUGUUCGCAUUCUCUUGCGGUCUGAACCAAUUACUUUGGUACUACGCUGACAUGGAGAAGAAGAGGUGUCCGUCAGCGAUGUCUUAUUCCCCUAACGCCAGCGUCACCACCGACUCGAAUGCCUGCAUCGUGUGGCGACGUUUUGCAAACCUCUUCGAAACAGCGCAGACCCUCUUCUGGGCGGUGUUCGGUCUGGUCGAUCUCGAGAGUUUCGAGCUGGACGGCAUCAAAGCGUUCACCAGGUUCUGGGGUAUGCUGAUGUUCGGGACCUAUUCGGUGAUCAACAUCGUGGUGCUGUUGAACCUAUUGAUCGCCAUGAUGAACCAUUCCUAUCAGCUGAUCUCCGAACGCGCGGACGUCGAAUGGAAGUUCGCCAGAAGCAAACUGUGGAUCAGCUAUUUCGAGGAGGGCGGAACGGUCCCACCACCUUUCAACAUUAUUCCAACCCCGAAGAGCGUGUGGUACAUGGGCCAAUGGAUGUACCGGAAGCUUUGUGGCCACAGCCGAGCUGCCAAGAAGGAGCACAUGCGAACGAUUAGGCGGAAGGCGAAGCAGGCGUCCGAACGGGACUUCCGGUACCAGAGCAUCAUGAGGAAUCUGGUUAGGAGGUACGUGACGGUGGAGCAAAGGAAGGCGGAGAGCGAGGGCGUGACGGAGGACGACGUGAACGAGAUCAAGCAGGACAUCAGUGCGUUUCGGUACGAGUUGAUCGAGAUCCUGAAGAAUUCUGGGAUGAACACGUCGACAGCCAGCGGAGCCGGUACCGACGGUAGCCUUAAAGAGCUGUCCAUAGGUGCGGGCGGUAAGAAGAACCGUCAGAAGGAGCGUCGGUUAAUGAAGGGAUUCAAUAUCGGCCCUCAGCCUGGGGGGAGCGGCAGUCUGCCGCCUGUAGACGAGUUCGUAUGCUUGGAACAGCAGGUGCAGCACGAGAACUCGCAAGAGUUCUUUGGUUCGACGUUGAGCGGGAUAUUCGGGCCCGGGACCACGCCUAAGAAGAGUCCUCAUAGCACCAGCACGAACAGCGUGCCCGGAUUGGCUUGCAGGCAAGUUCGAGAGAUGAGAAACAGCUCGAGGAAAAAACGAUGGGGGAACAUCAUCGAGGCGGCUACGACUGGCAGAGUCUCCAGGUUAAUGAGUAGAUCUCGUUCGGAGGACUCUGUGUACUCGCCCGGUUCGGAGGACGGCGGUUCACGGUCCGAGGGAUCCACGGACUCGAAGUCCUCCUUGGAGACCGCCGGACGCGAUGUUCAGGCCCGCCAUUCGGAUCGACCACAACCGUCGCAACAUCACGAAACCCAUCACAUGCUCCCUCACGGUCUGAGCGCCCUGGUCUCCCUGCGCACGAAACCCGUGCACACAAUCGCCUCGAACUUUGUUUCGAAGGUGUCGAAGAAGCAUCCGUUGUACAGAGCCAGUAGCGUUCCCACCAGAGGACCAGAUCUGACGCAAGCUCCUCCUAGAAGACACGAGGGAACGCAGAGCCAACAGCCCAGCAUCGAUAAUCCUGAGGGCAACACUGCUAGCGAGCAACCUGUGGUCACCGCGGUCCCGUUGACUCCGUCGACCACCGAGGAAAGCGUGGUAGCCAGCGGGUCUCUUUCUGUGACGCUGAAGCGAAACGGUUCGGCGACGCAGUUGCAACGACUUCAGGGGAUCGAGCCGAUAUCCGGUCACGAUGUAUCCAGCGGAUGGCUCUGAGACGAUCCCUCGGUCGCCUAGUCGCGACGUGUCAACUAACGGAAGAGAAAAAAUAAAAAAAGACAAACGGGGGAACUCGAACGACAUCGACGAGAUCUAUAUUCCCAGAUUUGAUUUUUCCACCAGCCGCAAAGGCUGGGACGACGACAUCGAUCGGGACACCCGAUUCCAUGGAUCAGAGAUCGCGUCGUCGUCGUCGGCACACGCACAAUGAUGCCUUUCUAACGACGACGGCACUUUCCCGAGACAGAAAAAAAAACAAG